AUGGUUGAAGCGAUAGAUGCGCCACUACCUCCGACGUCGACCACACCACAAGUCCAAGAUAUCUCCCUUCACGGCGACGACCCACCGCCUCGUUACAUCGUCAGAGAACUCCCCGACCUAUCCCCGCCGUCAACCACCAUCCCAAUCAUCGACCUCAGCCGACUCCUCUCCGGCGACGAAGACGGCGGCCGGGAAGAGCUAGGGGAGCUCAAAGCAGCUCUCACCUCCUGGGGUUGUUUCCAGUUGAUUGGACACGGGAUCCCAGGUGAACUCCUAGACGAAGUGCAGGUAUCAGCCAAACAGUUCUUCCGACUCCCGUCGGAAGAAAAACAGAUGUGCUUCCGACCGGAAGACGACGUAGAAGGAUACGGCAACGACCCAAUUCUAUCCGACAAGCAGAUCCUCGAUUGGAGCGACCGUCUGUUGCUAAAGCUCGUCCCGGAGGACACCAGGAAACUCCAUCUCUGGCCCACCAACCCCACCCAGUUCAGGGAAGUGGUGAGCGGAUACUCCGACGAGCUAAAGCGGAUCGUUGAGGCACUGAUGAAGGCGAUGGCGAGGUGUGUCGGUCUCGAGGAGGACUGCUUCCUAAAGCAGUAUGGAGGCAAGGAGAUGAUGAUGUCAAGGUUCAACCACUACCCGGUUUGCCCCCGACCCGACGUGGUUCUCGGGGUCAAAGCUCAUUCGGACGGGUCAGGCGUAACGGUUCUGCUGCAAGACGAUAAAGUGGAGGGCCUCCAGAUCUUGAAGGAGGGUCGAUGGUAUGGCGUGCCCAUCAUUCCCCAUGCGCUUGUUGUCAACGUCGGCGAUCAAAUGCAGAUAAUGAGCAAUGAAGAGUUUAAGAGCCCGAUUCACAGAGCAGUUGUGAACUCUGAGAGGAAGAGGAUAUCCCUGGCUGCACCUUCUAUUCCUCACGAUGGUAAUGAAAUAGAACCGGUUGAAGGUUUGGGCAGUGAAGAAAGGCCAAGGCUAUUCAGGAAGGUAAAGUACAGCGGAAGUAUUCACCUUCACCACUAUCCGAGUGGAACGAGAAUGAUCGAUGACGCAAGAAUUUAAGUUUCAUGAACAAACUACGCCUCCUUGGUGUUGUAGACUAAAUCUGCAAACAAAUGAACAAUGUAGAAGCAAUUAUCUUCAAGAAAUUUGUAAGCUUUACUAAAGACGGAGUCCAGGAGGUCUAUUUGCAGCUCGUUUUAACUGUCCAUCUAAUUGAUCUAACACGGACAUUAUGUCAUCCGAGGAAUGGUGACACUUGUCCGAUGCUGCAAACUGAUGAACUCUCUUCUCCACCUCAAUCCAACUGGACCCAGGAGAACACUUUUCAACUCCAAGUUCCUUCAUCUUCCACCUAAUGUUUGCUGCAUCACUCCACCGGUUAACCUGAGUGUGCAAGCUAACCAAAAGAGCAUAAUGACCACUAUUGCCCGGUUCUAACACCUUUAACUCCUCAACAGCAAUCUGUGCAAUCUCAAAGUUCCUGUGAAGCUUGCAUCCGCCAAGCAAUGCUCCCCAAAUAACAGCAUUUGGUUCCAACUUCAUGGUUCUGAUAAGCCUGAGUGCUUCUUCAAGCAAUCCGGCUUUGCUCAAAAGAUCAACCAUACAACCAUAAUGCUCCAGUUGUAGAGGGCAAGAAUAAUCACGAGUCAUGCUUUCAAACCACUUUCGGCCUUCUUCAACGAGCCCUGAGUGAGCACAAGCACUUAGGAUGCUGAUGAAAGUCACCCCAUUGGGUUUGAUUUUCUCCGUCUUCAUCUUGGAAAACAUUGCUAGAGCUUCUUCUGCAUAUCCAUGGACUGCGAGCCCCUCGAUGAUGGAGUUCCAGCAAAAGAGGUUUUUGUGUCUCAAUUUGUAGAACACCAACAGGGACCUCUCUAAGGACCCACAUUUUGCGUACAUAUCGAUCAGAGAAGAUCCAACAUAGACAUCAAGGUCGAAGCCAUUUUGCAUCACAUAGUGAUGGAUUUCCUUGCCUAAGUCGAGGGCUCCGAGAUGGGCACAUGCUGAAAUCACACUUGCCAAGGUCACUUCAUCAGGGAUAACCUCAUUCUUGGUCAUCUCAUUGAAGACUCCUAGUGCUUCUCUGAACUUCUGGUUCUGGGAAUAGCAGUUGAUCAUCGUAGUCCAUGAAAUAACAUCUUUAGCAGGCAUUUGAUUGAAUAGCAAUUCAGCUGACUCUACAUCCCCCAAUCUUGCAUACCCGUCCAACAAUGUGUUCCAAGAAGCAAUAUUCCUUCGAGGCAUCAAGUCAAACAACCUCCUUGCGGAAUUCAAAUCCCCUGCACGAGCAAAACCAUCGUGGUCCAAGCGAAGACAUCUCUCUCAGGCAUUUCAUCAAACACCUUGAUGGACUCACCGAUUCUCUUAAAAUCAAAGUAAAACACUAUCAACGUCGUGCAGACAAACACGCUCGAAGCAAGCCCAUGUCUCCAAAUCUGCCCGUGAACUGAUUCCCCAACUCUCCCACCGUCGCCGCCUACAAAGCCGCAGGCUUUAACAAGAGACGAAAAAGUAUAACUCGUUGGCGACAACUGAGCUCUCAGCACCUGAACAUAGCACUCAACAGCAUCAAUGGGUCGACGAUUCUCGACAAAUCCUUUAAGCAUCGCAUUGAAAACAAAAACAUUCGGAUUCUCCAUCUGGGCAGCCGCGGAGACGGCCUGGUCCGCCGCGCCAACGGAAGAACAAGCCGUGAUGAAUUGGUUCAUCAGAAAGCAAUCUUGGGUUGCUGCUACUUUGAUCAUAUUGCCUAGUCCCGACUCCAAAUCUCUGAUCUUGGAGCAUUGCUUCAAGUGGGUAACUAUCAAAUUGGUUCGAGGGAGCAUAAUAAUAUUAGGCGGGAAACUGGGAAGCAAUGAGAAGCCAUACACAUCAAACGUGAUGCACAGUUGUCUUCAUAACUAAAGCAUAAACCAAGCGGCAGAAUAAUACAGAGUUGGGUCCUUCCUUAGGUCACCCAAUUCGUGGGUCGACCAUCGGCGCUCCCGAAUUAGAGCGUGAAAACGCGUUUUUCCAAGAGAGCGUCUACAAUUCGCGAAUUAUCAGUGACCGGAGCGCGAAUUGUACUGGGAAGUUCGCGAAUCUCUUGAUGAAUUGAGUUCUACUAGAGCAAAGAGAUAAAUUCCUCAUCCUGCUGGCAGUUCAAUUGCCUUCCGCCGCCGAAUGACAAUCGUUAGUGCAAUCCUUUCUUUUCCUCCGGCAAACACUUCACGUCCUGGCCAACUGGCCAUUCUAUUGCCUUCUGGGACCGAAUUGAUGGUCGUCUACGGAAUCCUUUCUUCUUCUUCGGGUCGAAUCGGAAGUCGUCAAAGCAGACCAUUCUCCUUCCGGCUACGAACUACUGUUGUCGACGUUUUGGUUUUCCAUUAUAAGUUGAUAUGCGAGAUUGAAAAUGAUUCAUUCGCUUGUUGCAUGGAGAAACUGAUCUCCAGAAAAAUGAAGGAGAAGAACAGAGCAGUGAAUCGCCAGGAGAGAGAGAGAGAGUGUGGGAGGAAGAGGG